ACAACUAUCGUAUACCCGCACAGUUUCGAUCCAUAUUCCGAUACACGCGUAUACGAAGUAUGUACGUCGUGCGAGGAAUCUCAUCGCAGCCAUCAGUGUCGUGAACGCGACGUCGCGCUACGAUUCGCGUUACAUGGAUAAGUCGAACUGUCAUCGUCGUGGUCGACGUUGUGGAGUCCCGCCCGCUGCUGCUGCCACUGUUGCUCCUUGCAAGCUGCCGUCGACGCCGCCGCCGACGCCUAGCACAGAUAGUAGUACAUGAUAGUGCAGUGUACACAACGUAUCGGUCGAAAAUGGGGCAUCAGGCGGCUGAGCUCGUACCUACUACCCCGGAACGACGACGACGACGACGGCUGACCUGCUGCUGCUGCUGCAGCUUAUCGUGUGCGUGCGUAGCAUAAUAGCUGACUCGCGGCCGUAUUGUUAGCUAUAUAGCCCUUGUUACAAAGCGACAUAAUGGCAUAAUCUCUCCCUAUCUCUCUGGCGUAGCGAAACUUUUCCACGAUACAGAUAUGUAUGUAUAAAGCUCCGGGUUUCGCUCGGACGAGGCUCAGUUUCGACAUCAUGCCAACUCGCGCACGUGUGAAACUUUAAUUGUUUUCGAGCAAAGUUACGAGCGAGUGAUAAUAUUAUACUGCCCACGCUUGGUGUUGCACCUGCAUACACACUACUAUAGUCGUUUGUAUCUUGGGGGCCCCCCGGUUCGCGCGAACGAUCUUCAUUACGAUACGUCGAAAAAGUACACUUAUGACGCCAGUCAAAAAGUUCAAGUUCAAAUGCCACCCAAGCGACAGCAACAGCAACAGAGAAAUCGCAGUCGAUUCAAGGUGAUAACUCCUUUGCGAUCACUGGUUCUCUGUGGUGAAAGCGAUCAAGAAAUGGAAGAGUGGCUAAAAAAUGUGACGGAAAGUAGGCCAGCAGUGGACACUGGAACUGCAGAGAUACUCAGUGGUCAUCAUCAGUGGUACGCAACUAGUCAUGCUCGACCAACUUAUUGCAAUGUUUGCAGAGAUGCUCUUUAUGGAGUCACUUCUCAUGGACUAAGCUGUGAAAUUUGUAAAUAUAAAGUACACAAAAGGUGUAGCCCAAAAGCAAUAAACAAUUGCAAAUGGACCACAUUAGCUUCUAUUGGAAAAGAUAUCAUUGAAAAUCAUGAUGGAACCCUUACCAUGCCACAUCAGUGGAUGGAAGGGAAUCUACCAGUAGCUGCUAAAUGUGCAAUAUGUGACAAGACUUGUGGUUCUGUGUUAAGUAGGUUACAAGACUGGAGAUGUUUAUGGUGUAAAGUCACUGUACAUACAGCAUGUAGACCAUCGAUAAGCGUAGGAUGUUCUUUAGGCCCAGCUAAAUUAAGUGUUGUACCUCCAACAGCUUUACACAGUAUAGGUAGUGACGAAGCGUGGGAAGCUGUAAGACCUGUAGGAUGUAGUCCACUUUUAGUAUUUGUUAAUAGUAAAUCAGGUGACAAUCAAGGAAUUAAGUUUCUUAGACGAUUUAAGCAAUUGUUGAAUCCAGCUCAAGUAUUCGAUCUCAUAAAAGGAGGACCUGGUCCAGGUCUCAGACUUUUUCGUCACUUCGAUCCUUUCCGCAUAUUAGUUUGCAGUGGAGAUGGAUCAGUCGGUUGGGUGCUGUCGGAGAUCGAUCGAUUGGGGAUGCACAAGCAGUGCCAGGUGGGCGUGCUACCGCUUGGCACGGGCAACGACUUGGCGCGCGUCCUCGGCUGGGGCUCCUCGUGCGACGACGACACGAAUCUGCCCCACCUGCUGGAGAAGUACGAGAAGGCCGGCACGAAGAUGUUGGACCGCUGGAGCAUCAUGACGUUCGAGCGCAGCAUCAGUCUGCCCUGCCACAAGAUCUUGGCCGAGCAGGCGGACUCGGUGAUCAGCCAGACGAUGGCCCAGGAGUACGAGAUCAGCGUGAUGACGCACAUCACCAACAUACUCACCUCGGAGCAGGAGAGCGUGGUCGUGGGCAGCGCCAAAGUGCUGUACGACACCAUCAAGGACUUCGCCGUGAAGGUGACCGAGGUGAGCUCGAGCCAGGCCGAUCAUCAUCGGCUCGGCGACAAGUGCGACGCGGCCCAGCAGAAGCUCGACUCGCUGCUGCAGAUACUGCAGAGCCUGCAGAAGGAGGAGAGCUUCGGCUCGGAGCUCGAUCAGGCGCCCACGACGGACGACACGACGACGACGAUCGAGACGACGACCAACGCCGACACCAUCAGGUCGGACAUGCCCUCGCUCGACGACGAGGACAACAACAAGGAGAAGGGACAGCUCGAGAAGCCCGAGAAAAACUUGACCAAUCUCAAUCUCAAGAUGCUGAAGAAGAAGCGAUUCCAGGAGAAUCAGACAGUCAUAUCGAGAGCCAACAGCCUGAAACGCGCCAUACGUCAACUGGUCGAGCACACGGAGCUCGCGCUGGACGAGCAGAGCCACCAUCAUCCGGAGAAUCCGCGGCUGCUCGUCACGACUGAGGAGGACACGGAGCACCUGAAAAAACGUUACCUGGACAUACCGGAGGUGCGUUCGGAUUACAACCUGGCGGACAGUCUGAGCGUGACGCCGACGCCGAGCAGCGGCGAGGCCUCGGCCUGCUCGUCACCCACGCCCAAUCUCGUCUCGCUCAGUCCGAUGCCCGACAUCAGGCGCGACUCGCAAGGCGUCGAGGACUUUCUGUCGCUGCCCGCGCCCGCCGAGUACGCCGACAGCCGCAGGGCCAGCUCCACCAUGGUCCAAGAGAACAGCAACAGCAACAACAGCAGCAUGUUCAGCUUCGACUCGAGCGGCGUUCAGUCGGCCGUCGAGAAGCUCGCCCAGCAGCAACAGCAGCAGCAGCAGCAACAAACGCCGGCGAGCGCGACCAGUCCGACGAGCCUGGACAACACGAGCUCGCCCUCGGACGACACGACCAUACAGGACGCGAUGAUGUCGCCCGACAGCGACUCGCCGAUGCUGAACGACUCGAGCCCGCCCGAGUCCAAGUCGGCGAGCGACGACGACAACAAUAAACAUCAGCAUCAGCAGCAGAAUCAGCUGCGGCAGCAACAGCAGCAGCAGCAGCGACAGCAUCGCAUCGUCACGCCCAAGAGCAGCUGCACCAACAGCGAGAGCGAAAUCGGUCGGCCCGGCACCACAGACAGCGACAUCUUGGACUCGACCGCCAAGCCGUCCGAGAGCUCGGAGCACAUCUGCCACAUCGACUCGCCCGAGAACUCGGACCUGGCCAACUCCGAGAGCAUCGUGGACGAUCUGAGCUCGCUCAAUCAGGAUCUUGUCAGCACGAUGAACAGCGAGAGGUACGACUCGGUGAGGGAGUGCCUCGGUAACGAGCAGAUGGACUUCAACAAUCGGGGCCAGCACCAUCAGCAGCAGCCCGCGAGGCGCGUCACUCUGGCGCGAUUCGUCGACGGCAGCGACAUUGGCAAGGGCUCGAUCAAGAGGCCCAACGACAGGGUCGACAAAGAGCAGGUCAUUUUCAAGUGCGUGUCGAGCAAAGCCGCCGCCGACAGGCGGCCGUCUUACGUCGCGCCCGGCGACGACGACAACAACGACUUCGACUACCACAAGCUCGCCGACCAGGAAGAAGAGGACGAAAGAGGUGAUUUACUCAAUGCACCAGUCUGCAGGUUCACUGUUAAUUCAAGCCCAGACCCGUCUAACGAUAUUUCGCCUAAUUUUCCACCAGCUAUCAGUGUCGUUGUCGAUCCGCCUAGCCCAUCCGCGUCGGUCAAGAGCAAGUUCGAGCCGGAUCUUGGCAUACUCAAUCAUCUGUUUCCGCACCGAGGCCCCGACUCCGGUAGCAUGGAGAGACUGAGCGUCGAGCUGCCCGAGGGUACGGGCUGCUCGCCUCAGGCCACACGACGCAUCAGCUGCGGCAGCCUGAUGAAGGCACCGCCGGAGCUCGCGUCGUUGGCCGCCUCGGCGUCCGGCAGAUUCGGCUCGAGCUUGAGCAUACGUCACGAGAGGGCCAAAUCCAUCGAUAAGACGGACGAGGUCAAGAAGCUUCCGAUCAUCAAUCCCCUCGUCAGAUUGCCCAUGUGGCCGAAUGUGACGAAUGGAUUCAUAAGCCAGGCUCUGUUGGCCAAUGCCGAUGCACUGUGCGCCGCUGUCUCGCCUCUCAUGGAUCCGGAUGAAACUUUGAUGGAGGGCUAUUUCGAGCGAUGCGUCAUGAACAAUUACUUUGGCAUCGGCAUAGAUGCCAAAAUCAGCCUGGACUUUCAUCACAAGCGAGAAGAGCAUCCGGAAAAAUGCCGAUCGCGAGCCAAAAAUUACAUGUGGUACGGCGUGCUGGGCUCGAAGCAGUGGCUGCAGAAGACCUACAAAAAUCUCGAUCAAAGGGUGCAGCUGGAGUGCGACGGACAACGAAUACCCUUGCCGUCGCUUCAAGGCAUCGUAGUGCUCAACAUACCUAGCUUCAUGGGUGGAACGAAUUUCUGGGGCGGCUCGAAAGAGGGCGACAUAUUUCUGGCGCCGUCGUUCGACGAUCGAAUCCUCGAAGUCGUGGCUGUGUUCGGCUCCGUGCAGAUGGCUGCCUCGAGACUGAUCAAUCUGCAGCAUCAUCGCAUCGCCCAGUGCCAAUCCAUACAGAUCAACAUUCUCGGCGACGAGGGGGUGCCCAUUCAGGUGGACGGCGAAGCCUGGAUUCAGCCGCCAGGCAUCAUCAGGAUCAUUCAUAAGAACCGCAUGCAAAUGCUCUACAGAAACAGAGCCUUGGAAACGUCAUUGCGAGCGUGGGAGGAGAAGCAACGCUCGGUGGCCGCUGUCACACAAUCGACUUCGAAUCUGUCGACGUCGUCGCGCUCGAACAGCUCGGUGCAAUUCGACGGUCGUCAAAUGUCCCUUUCGGACGAGGAGAUGCAAGUGCUGCUUGGUUUCAUCGAAGUAGUCACCACAUUGGUCAAGUGGGUCAAGCUCCUCAUUAUAUCUCAUCCCAGCAUCGAAGCUGAUCUGUAUCAAGUAGCGGCACGAACAGCCGUGGCCUUGGAAAAAGUUCAUCCGGAUGGAAAGAUAUUGCAAGGGGCAACCUUGAGGCCCGUCGUCACGGAAGUAGUAUCGAGCGCUCGGCAACUAUACGAAGAGGCGUGUGAACUUCUUCGAGACAAAGGGCACAAUUUGAGACUGAGAGAAGACUUGGAAAGUAAAUUAUCCAUGUCGCUCGCGACGAUGGAACAAGAGCUGCGUAAAUGUGUGUUUGAUGAGCGAAGUUCAGGGUUCGUCUAUUUGCAAAAUGUUCCAGAAGAACAGUCUGAUAAAAAGAAUCGACAUCGGGGUUUAUUCUGGCUGAAGUUCCGGCGAACAAGUGGUCGCGCCGCAGCAGACCCUUGCCGAGACCAGGUCACUCACUGGGGAACUCAAGAAGUCUGCUCUUGGCUGGAAAAUUUACAACUCGGCGAGUACGCCGAAAACUUCAUAUCGCACGAUAUAAGGGGUAAAGAACUUUUGACGCUAGCUAGAAGAGACUUGAAAGAAUUGGGUAUCACGAAGGUCGGCCACGUCAAGAGGAUACUGCAGAGCAUCAGCGAUUUGAACAAUUGAGCCCAAAGAGCACGGAUGACGGAUCAUUUUGCUGAGAUAUUUCAAACUUAAAUUAACGACGACGAUGCGCAAGCUGCCUCGCGAAUCAUCGACUAUUGCGUUACGCGCGUCUCUGCAUAUACAAGGCUGUGAAAAUGAUUAAAGAGAAAAAGUGGACGUGCUCUUUUUAGAAGUGAAAGAGCCCCCGACAAUGAGCGUUUCAGAAUAUGGCCAAUGAUUCGUCAUUCCCGUAAGAAAACUAGUUUGUAAUUUAAGAGUAUGUAAGCAAUAAGGAUAUGCACACGAUACGUUAAUAAUUGUGAAAAAUAAUCGAAACCCCCUUUCGACUUUUUAUUAACGAACGAUCUCUAAGAUUCUUGCGUCAAGGGCACGCUUUUAUUUUCUAUUGCUGAAUUUCACGUUAGAAACUGGUAUUGCGCACUCCGUGCGAGAGAUCAACCGUCUUCCAUGUGGUAAGUCAGAAUAAACGAUGAAUUUUCAUACGAAUACUUGAAAACUUGAUUCUCGAUACUCGUUACCUUAACACUCGUUACUAAUGUCAUUUGUAAAGCACAGAAAGUAUGAAAGUUGAUAUGAAAAAAAAAACAUGGAUAAUCAACGAAUGAAAAAAGUAUCAUGACUCUUGACAAUGAAUAAUUAUAAUAGAUAGAUAGAGGGUUGUCGAGAUGAAAAAUUGAAGCUCGAAAGCCAGCUUUUAAUGAAGUUAUUAAAUUAUAAAACCUAGCUCGUAAGUUUCUAAUUACAGUUGUCGUCUCGUCUCCUUUUCAAAUUGAUUAAUGAUCUUGUCUACGCUGCUGCAGCGUCGUAAACGACAAAAAAAGGCGCGGGUACGAUUGAAUCCUCGAGAUUAGCUGGUUGUAUAGAAUUUUAGAGAAUUUAGUCUUUUUUACAAACCUUCCUAGUAUUAUGCAUAUGAUAUGUGCAUACGUGUUGAAUGCUCUAUUUUUAAUCUUCUCCGGUAACUCCGUAUUCUCGCGUAUAGGAAAUGUAAAUUAUAAAUUUAAAUAUUUCGCGAAAUAAUGAAUCGUUAAGCGACUGACCUCUCUCAAUAUGUGAACGGGACUCGUAAAGCAUAGAACAGAGAAUUAGUGAGUCGAAAAAUCGAUGCGAGACGAAUAAAAAUUCGACGAGCAAUCGAACGAUGGUGCAAUAAUUAUCAGUAUUUUUUCCAAAUGUAUGGAGCCUCGAGGUAUCGAUAUCCGUAUUAAUAGUCAUACAAAGUUACUCUAUUAUUUAGCGCAUACUCAGCUAUUAAGUAUGUCAAUAGUUUGAUGUUUGAUCUGUUGAUAUAUACAAGUAUAUUAAUGUUGAAAUGUAUUGUUUGUCUGUAGAACGUUAAACGUAGCAACUGUUGUACUUACUUUGCACAAAUCUCGCGCAUUUUCAAUUCUACGUUUAUUGCCUGUAAACAUGUUGAAAUUUUCGAUCAAGGAGAUGUUUCAAUUAUGCGACGUCAAUACUGGUGCGCUAAUGGACUCUUUUAUAGACUAACAAAUUAUUUUUCGACACUCUUUUAUAACGAAUGAACUUAUCGAUUAGUAAGUUUGUAAAUGUACAAAUGAUGAGAAAAUUGUGCAAAUUUUUGUGGAAAAUUUGAAUCUUUGAUUUAUCAAAUAUUUUUGUACGCUACUAAUAAUUAUUGCAGAAUAUUGUUGGCUAUUUAUCAAA